AUGAAGGGGCCUUUGGAGUUGUCUUGGUCUGUUCCUAGUCAUCUCUUCGUGGGUCAAUGGUGCAGAGAGCAGAAGUACAAUUAUGAAAGUCUGCCAACGACGUCCGUGAUCAUCGCGUUUUAUAACGAAGCUUGGUCAACCCUAAUUCGCAACGUUUACUGUGUCCUUGAGACGUCCCCAGACAUCCUGCUGGAGGAGGUCAUCCUGGUGGAUGAUUUCAGCGAUAGAGAGCACCUGAAGGAGCGCCUGGAAGCCCACCUGCCCAAGGUGCACCUCAUCCGCGCCACCAAGAGGGAGGGCCUGGUGCGCGCCCGGUUACUCAGGGCUUCGGGGGCCAAGGGCGACAUCCUCACCUUCCUGGACUGCCACUGCGAGUGCCACGAGGGCUGGCUGGAGCCGCUGCUGCAGAGGAUCGGGGAGGAGGAACCGGCGGUGGUGUGCCCCGUGAUCGACGUUAUUGACUGGAACACUUUUGAGUACCUGGGCAACUCCGGAGAGCCUCAGAUCGGUGGCUUUGACUGGCGGCUGGUGUUCAUGUGGCACGUGGUCCCUGAGCGGGAGCGGAAGCGGAUGCGGUCCCCCAUCGUUGUCAUCAGGUCCCCGACAAUGGCUGGUGGGCUGUUUGCUGUGAGUAAGAAAUAUUUUCAGUAUCUGGGGUCUUAUGAUACAGGAAUGGAAGUUUGGGGCGGAGAAAACCUCGAAUUCUCCUUUCGGAUCUGGCAGUGCGGCGGGACACUGGAAACGCACCCCUGCUCACACGUCGGCCACGUCUUCCCCAAGCAAGCUCCCUACUCACGCAAAAAGGCUCUGGCCAACAGUGUCCGCGCUGCCGAAGUGUGGCUGGAUGAGUUCAAGGAACUCUUCUACCACCGCAACCCCCACGCACGCCUGGAGUCCUUUGGAGACGUGACCGAGAGGCAGCAGCUCUGUGAGAAGCUCAAGUGUAAGGACUUCAGGUGGUUCCUGGAGAACGUGUAUCCUGAGCUGCACGUGCCCGAGGACCGGCCCGGCUGCUUCGGGAUGCUCCAGAAUAAAGGACUGCAAGGACUCUGCUUUGACUAUAAUCCUCCUGAUGAAAACCAGAUUGUGGGGCACCAGGUCAUUUUGUACACCUGUCAUGGCCUGGGCCAGAACCAGUUCUUCGAGUAUACAUCCCAGAAGGAGAUCCGCUACAACACCCACCAGCCCGAGGGGUGCUUGGCAGUGGAGGCGGACGGGGAGAGCCUGGUCAUAGAGCUCUGCCAGAACCCGGUCCCCGAGAACCACUACUUCCUCCUACGUGAGGAUGGCACUGAAGAGGAGUCCACCGACAUCGGACCCAGGUGCAGAGAGCAGAAGUACAAUUAUGAAAGUCUGCCAACGACGUCCGUGAUCAUCGCGUUUUAUAACGAAGCUUGGUCAACCCUCCUUCGCACCGUUUACAGUGUCCUCGAGAUGUCCCCAGACAUCCUGCUGGAGGAGGUCAUCCUGGUCGAUGAUUUCAGCGAUAGAGAGCACCUGAAGGAGCGCCUGGAAGCCGAGCUGGCCCACCUGCCCAAGGUGCGCCUCAUCCGCGCCACCAAGAGGGAGGGCCUGGUGCGCGCCCUGUUGCUCGGGGCUUCGGGGGCCAAGGGCGACGUCCUCACCUUCCUGGACUGCCACUGCGAGUGCCACGAGGGCUGGCUGGAGCCACUGCUGCAGAGUUGCUACCUGGGCAACUCCGGAGAGCCUCAGAGUGGUGGCUUUGACUGGUGGCUGUUGUUCACGUGGCACGUGGUCCCUGAGCGGGAGCGGAAGCGGAUGCGGUCCCCCAUCGAUGUCAUCAGGUCAGGACUGGCUGGGAGCAAUCUCUCCAACCGUCAGGCGGUGUGUGUCAACCCCAGCCCCUAA